AAGAGAUCGCGCGCGCUGUCCGAGGUGCUGCAGAGCCAGAGCCGCGUCACGUGACCCGGUGUGUGUCACAGCUUCAGCAGCUGCACAUUUACAGCUUCACCUCAAUAACUUACCCAAACUACCGUCUUCAUCGGCCGACGACAGCCACGGAGAACCGGUGUCGACGGCCAUAUGUUGAGAGAUGACGUCUGCUGCCUGCUUCAUCUGAAACAGGAUUUAUCCCACAAAUUCAGGAACACAGUGAUGGAUAGCACUGAACACUGUGAACACAUGAAGACAGUUAAAUAAAACAAAAUCCUGAACAUAAGUAAGGUUGAUAACAUGAGGACUAUGUCAGGUUGAAAUGCCUCUGUCGCAAAAUAUACGUCAUAAAAGCCGUUUUUUUUAUCUUUAGUUUCGGUGUUAAAAAUGACAGUGUGAACGCUACGCGAACCGGACCAUUUUCUUUUUUGGUCCAGAACAAAAAAACCAAGAGAUCCAAACUACAAGUGUGAACGCAUCCUUAGAUUAUUAUAAACUCAGCACCGUCUGCAUCAUGAUUCUUCACAUGCGGCGCGGCGCUCAUCUGCUCUGGAUCGGGCUGGUCGUGUGUGCCGUGGACGCUGGAGCCGGGCUCAGUUUCACCGGUUCUGAGGGACAGUGGGCCUCGUUUCCCACGUGGAACGCUUGCUGUGAGAGCGAAAUGAGCUUCAGCAUGAAAACCAAGAGUUUGAAGGGACUUCUGGUGUACUUUGACGACGAAGGCUUCUGCGAUUUCCUCGAGCUGCACAUACACAAGGGGAAACUCAGACUGAGCUUCUCUAUUUUCUGUGCCGAGCCGGCUGACGUGCUUUCAGAUGUUUUCAUCAGCGACAACCAGUGGCAUUCAGUCACGAUUAGGAGGAACUUCAAAAACACCACCCUCAUCGUCGACAGGGAAAUAAAGUGGGUGGAAGUUAAGUCCAAACGGCGGGAUAUGACUGUCUUCAGUCACUUGUUUUUAGGCGGGAUUCCCGCGGAGUCUUUACAGCUGACGUCGGACACUGUGAAAGAUCAAACUCCCUUUAUGGGCUGGAUAACAGACUUGAAAGUGAACCGUUCUGAGCCUGUCGCCAUUAACAGCGCCGGGGUCAGCGCUGACCUCUGCGGCUCAGACCACAUGUGCUUAAACGGAGGCGUGUGCAGCGUUGUCAACGACGAGCCUACAUGUGACUGCUCCAAAACCGGCUAUCAGGGAAAAGACUGCAGUGAAGGUCUGGCACACCUGAUGAUGGGCGAUCAAGGAAUAGAAGAAGAAUAUGUGGCAACAUUCAAAGGUUCAGAAUACUUCUGCUAUGACCUUUCUCUGAACCCGAUCCAAAGCAGCAGCGAUGAAAUCACUCUGUCCUUCAAAACGCUUCAGAGAAACGGACUGAUGCUCCACACGGGAAAAUCUGCUGACUAUGUCAACCUGGCGCUGAAAAACGGGGCGGUGUCUCUCGUCAUAAAUUUGGGUUCCGGGGCGUUUGAAGCUCUGGUGGAGCCAGUCAAUGGGAAAUUUAAUGACAAUGAAUGGCAUGAUGUGAAAGUAACGCGGAAUUUGCGUCAGCACUCAGGCAUUGGACAUGCUAUGGUAACAAUAUCUGUGGACGGGAUACUGACCACCACAGGAUAUACUCAAGAGGACUACACCAUGCUCGGAUCUGAUGACUUUUUCUAUGUUGGAGGAAGUCCUAGUACAGCUGACCUGCCUGGAUCACCUGUUAGCAACAACUUUAUGGGUUGCCUGAGGGAGGUUGUGUAUAAAAACAAUGACGUUCGGCUGGAGCUGUCCAGACUGGCCUUUAAAGGCGACCCCAGAAUGAAGAUCCAUGGAGUUGUUGCCUUCAAGUGUGAGAAUGUUGCCACAUUCGAUCCCAUCACGUUUGAGACACCUGAAUCCUUCAUCACACUUCUUAAAUGGAACACUAAGAAGACCGGUUCUAUUUCCUUUGACUUCCGCACCACUGAACCCAAUGGACUUCUGCUCUUUAACCACGGGAAACCGAAGCAACAGACCAAAGAGACCAAGAGCCCCCUCACACUGAAGGUGGACUUCUUUGCCAUUGAGAUGCUGGAUGGUCUUUUGUACCUGCUUCUGGAUAUGGGAUCAGGCACAACCAAGACACUGGCAGUGAACAAAAAAGUGAAUGAUGGAGAGUGGUAUCAUGUGGAUUUCCAGAGGGAUGGAAAAUCAGGUACUAUCUCUAUCAACACAAUUCGCACACCAUACCAAGCCCCAGGAGAAAGUGAGAUUCUAGAUCUGGAUGAUAACCUGUAUCUAGGAGGACUGCCGGAAAAUAAAGCUGAUGUGGUGUUUCCUACUGAGGUGUGGACCGCUCUGCUCAAUUAUGGUUUCGUAGGCUGCAUUCGUGACCUGUUCAUCAAUGGUCAGAGCAAAGAUAUCCGCCGCAUAGCUGAGGUGCAGAAAGCAGCAGGUGUAAAGCCCUCCUGCAGUAAAGAGGCACCGAAGCAGUGUCUCAGUAACCCCUGCCAAAACAAUGGAAUCUGCAGGGAAGGAUGGAACCGUUAUGUGUGUGACUGCUCUGGGACGGGCUAUCUUGGUCGCUCCUGUGAGAGAGAUGCCACCAUCCUCAGUUACGAUGGCAGUAAGUUCAUGAAGGUCCAGUUAUCUGUAGCUAUGCAUACAGAGGCUGAAGAUGUGUCACUACGCUUCCGAUCCCAGCGGGCAUAUGGUGUUCUCAUGGCAACCACUUCUCGAGACUCUGCCGACACCCUGCGUCUGGAGCUGGAGACGAGUCGUGUCCGGCUCACGGUUAAUCUAGACUGUGAGAGGAUAAACUGUACCACGAGCAAGGGACCUGAGACCCUGUUUGCUGGUCAGAAUCUGAAUGAUAAUGAAUGGCACACGGUGCGAGUGAACAGGAGAGGAAAGAGUCUGAAGCUGUCUGUGGAUGAUCUGCCCACUGUGGAAGGAGAGAUACCAGGUGACCACACACAGCUGGAGUUUCAUAACAUAGAGACGGGAAUCAUUACAGAGAAACGCUACCUGCCCAUCAUGCCCUCCAACUUCAUUGGGCAUCUCCAGAGUCUGACAUUUAACGGCAAGCCGUACAUCGACCUCUGCAAGAACGGAGACAUCGACUACUGUGAAGUCAACGCCGUGAUCGGUUUCAAGAACAUCAUUGCGGAUCCAGUGACCUUCAAGUCCUGCUCAAGCUAUAUGACUCUGAGCACACUGCAGGCGUACUACUCCAUGCACCUGUUCUUCCAGUUCAAGACCACCUCAUCCGAUGGACUCAUCCUGUUCAACAGUGGAGAUGGGAAUGACUUCAUAGCUGUAGAGCUGGUUAAAGGUUACCUGCAUUACGUCUCAGAUCUGGGAAACGGUGCUCAUCUCAUCAAAGGAAACUCAAACAAACCUCUCAAUGACAACCACUGGCACAAUGUCAUUAUCUCCAAAGACACAAAUAACCUGCACACCGUCAAAAUUGACAGCAAAAUCACCACCCAGACCACUGUGGGGGCCAAAAACCUGGACUUAAAAGGUGAUCUUUAUAUUGGUGGUGUUUCCGAGGAGAUGUACAAAGAUUUACCCAAGUUAGUUCACGCAAAAGAAGGAUUUCAAGGCUGUUUGGCGUCUGUGGAUCUGAACGGCCGUUUGCCAGACCUGAUGUCAGAAGCGCUGGCCUGUGUUGGACAGAUUGAGAGAGGAUGUGAAGGGCCCAGCACGACCUGUCAGGAGGAUUCUUGUGCGAAUCAGGGCGUUUGUCUCCAGCAGUGGGAGGGCUUCACCUGCGACUGCAGUAUGACCACAUACGGAGGACCUCUGUGUAAUGAUGCUGGCACCACGUAUAUAUUUGGGAGAGAUGGUGGUCUGAUCACAUACACGUGGCCGCCGAAUGAGCGGCCCAGCACUCGAGCGGACCGGCUGGCGAUGGGAUUCAGCACCCAGCUCAAAGAAGCGAUCCUGGUGCGAGUGAACAGCUCCUCUGGGUUAGGUGACUAUCUCAAACUACACAUUGUAAAAGGCUACGUUACAGCUAUAUUUAAUGUGGGCACAGAUGACAUCAACAUCGAGGAGAAAUCAAAGUUUGUAAAUGAUGGAAAGUACCACAUAGUGAAGUUUACGAGGAGUGGCGGCAAUGCCACACUGCAGGUGGACGAUCUGCCUGUUAUUGAGCGAUACCCCACAGGAAACAUUGAUAGCGAACGGCUGGCGAUCGCUAGACAGCGAAUUCCAUAUCGACUCGGUCGAGUAGUUGACGAAUGGCUACUCGACAAAGGCCGCCAGCUCACGAUCUUCAACAGCCAGAUGACCAUCCAGAUCGGCGGUUGGGAAAGAGACCACAGCCGUGCCUUCCAGGGCCAAAUGUCUGGUUUCUAUUACAAUGGCUUGAAAGUUUUUAACAUGGCUGUGGAAGGAGAUCCCAACAUCCGCAUCGAAGGCAGCGUGAGGCUGGUUGGGGAGGCGCAGUCUUCCUCCGUAACUCCACAGUCCAGCGCUACGGUCCAUCGCUCUGAGACCUCUACCUCAGUUAUGGAGAUCAUCACCACAACCACCUCCAAGCUCCAGAUGAAACACACCACACCAGGAGAACCCCAGCAGACUACCGAUGACUUGUUGGUGGCAUCUGCCGAGUGCCCGAGCGACGAUGAGGACAUUGACCCGUGCGAGCCGAGCUCAGGUGGGUUAGCUAACCCUACAGGCCCCGUGGUGAAGAGCUAUCCUGGUCAGUCAGAUGUUUUCCGUGAGUCCAGCAGUACCACAGGCAUGGUGGUCGGCAUCGUGGUCGCUGCCGCACUUUGCAUCCUCAUUCUUCUCUAUGCCAUGUACAAAUACCGCAACCGUGACGAGGGAUCGUACCACGUGGAUGAGAGCCGCAACUACAUUUGCAAUUCAGCCCAGUCAAAUGGAUCGGUGGUAAAGGAGAAACCCAUGGACGGUACCAGUUGUGUCAGUAAGAGCAAGAAAAACAAAAACAAGGAGUAUUAUGUGUGAUUCUGUUAUUCCUGGUCCUUACAGGACCUGCUUUCACUUUUAAGUUCUAGCACAAACAUAAGACCUCAUGCAACAUAACAAAAACUGGGAAACUGUGGAAAAACAGUCAUCAUAUCUUAAACAGUGAUGCAGCGAAGAAAACGUUUUCUUCAACAUUUAAUUUCAGCACAUUGGAAUGGAUGAAAGAACAGGAAGAUUCUCACUUGAAGAUGUUCGGAAAAUGUCCAAAAAUGAUCCAUAAGUGAUGGAAAGAUGAACAUUUGGCAUUUUCUUGUGUAAGAAGAAGGGGAAUGAAGAGCAACUGAUGAAUGAUGACAAAUUCUGACUUUUUUGCCGUUUGUGUUGCUGGGAACUUUGCAAUGAUGAAAAAGCAUCACUGAAGAAUGAGAGAACAAGAAAGGAAAGAAGUCUCUCAGAGUUUUUACUUUACAACUCCUAUAGAGCUAAUAUGAAUUUGACAGCUGAUGGUGAAAGGGAAAAGUUUAUGCCGUCGCACAUUAUCUUUGGCAAACACAGACAUCUCAGUGAACAUGGAUGCAACAUUUUAUUUAAUAUGUUUCUAUAUGUUUCAAAAGUGUGCUUUUUGGACUGACAAAUUUGUGUUUUAUAAUCUUUUGCAUAGAGGAUGCAAACUUUAUCUGCUCCUUGGCAGAAAAGACUACAAAAGAACUUUGAAUGUCAUUAAGAUAUAGACGAAUUUAUAGACAGGAUCAAUACUUGCAUUUUUUUUUUAUUUACAAUGUUUUUUCAUCAUUUUACGUGAUUGUGUUCUAAAUGAUUGUUCAAAAGUAAUAUUUGUCUGUGUGUGUGCAGGUGCACAUGCAUGUUCAUGUUUUAGACGGUUCUCUGAAAGACAUCCAUCCAAAGAUACUGUAAAUCACUACCAAUAUACUCACAGACAUGAAUUUUUCUCAGCCAAUGACAUAUGGGGUACUUCCAUGUUUAUUUGCACAUACACACCCUUAAAAUGUAAUCAUAAAUCAAAUUCAGUCACUCUUUUCUGUCUUGUGUCUGUCUGCGUGUCGUUUCCUUCUUUUAGCACAAGAGACAGGAAAACUGAUUUUGAACGAAACACAAGAAUCGCUACAAAUUCAUUUGACUUUUUAGACCUGUA